AUGAGUGACGAGGAGUCAUCCGGUACUGACGGAAAGGGAGUGUUCGAUGAGCCCCUCAAGAAGAAUGACGAGAAGCCUCUGUCUGCAAAGGACCUGGAGCCCUUUGGCAAUGAAGAGACUACGGAGGUUAAGUAUCGAACUAUGAAGUGGUGGCACUGCGGCAUGCUCAUGAUCGCGGAGAAUGUCUCCGUUGGAAUUCUGUCGCUCCCUUCUGCGGUCGCAACUCUGGGCAUGGUACCUGCUGCGAUUAUGAUCCUGUUCAUCUCUGCGCUUUCCUGGUAUACUGGUUAUGCCAUUGGCCAAUUCAAGCUCCGUCACCCCCAUAUCCACAGCAUGGGAGACGCUGGUGAACUCCUGAUGGGUCGUGUCGGUCGUGAAGUUCUUGGAAUUGGUCAGCUUCUGCUGCUUAUCUUCCUCAUGGCUAGCAACAUCUUGACUUUUAACAUCUUGAUGAACGUACUGACCGAUCACGGUACCUGUACCAUCGUCUUUGGCGUAGUCGGCCUUGUAAUCUGUUUCCUUGGUGCCUUGCCUCGUACCAUGGAGAAGGUCUACUGGAUGUCCGUCAUUUCUUUCUUGAGUGUUUUGGUCGCUACCAUCAUCACUAUGAUCACCGCCGGCGUGGAAGCCAAGGAACACGUCGUGAACGAGGUGACCACGGACGUUUCUUUCCGCGAGGGCUUCUUGGCCGUUACCAACAUCAUCUUCGCCUACCUCGCCCACGUUGCCUAUUUCGGCUUCAUGUCAGAGACGGAGGACCCGCGCACCUUCAAUAAGUCGCUUGCGAUGCUUCAGAUUAUUGACACUGUCCUGUACCUUGUCAGCGCUUUGCUAAUCUACCACUACAUUGGACCCAACGUCCAGUCUCCCGCUAUCUCGUCUCUCAGCCCCGUCAUGAGCAAGGUUGCUUGGGGUAUUGCUAUUCCUACUACUAUCCUCUCCGGUGUCGUCCUGGGUCACGUUGCUUGCAAGUACAUAUACGUGCGUAUGUUCCGUGGUUCCGACAAGAUGCACAGCCGCAGUCUACUUUCCAUCGGAUCUUGGGUCGCUAUUUGCAUCGCUGUCUGGAUCAUUUCCUGGGUUGUAGCUGAGUCGAUUCCCGUUUUCAACGACCUCCUAAGUCUCAUUAGCGCUCUGUUUGGAAGUUGGUUCAGCUUCGGUCUGCCUGCCGUCUUCUGGCUCCACAUGAACAAGGGCCAAUACUUCCGCAACUGGAAGAAGGCCGUUUUGACGAUUACGAAUGUUCUGAUUUUCAUUAUUUCUUGCGCCAUCUGUGGAUUGGGUCUCUACGUCUCUGGCGUUGCGAUCCACGGCGAUUCGGGCUCCAGCAGCUGGUCCUGUGCUAACAGCGCCUGA